UGGGGGGCUCCCGGCGACGCGGGCGGGUGUUUUCCUCCGGGAGCCAUGUUGGUUUCGGGCAGCCCUGAGCCCUCCCGCUGAGGCCAUCUUGGGGCCGGGCAGAGGCGCGUCGCAGAGUCCACGGAGUGAUUGGGUUGGAGGAAGGCGGUGUAUCCAGUGUCCUGUGAAAUGUUAGGAGGCAAACCUUCAGAGGAAGGCAAGAUGAAAUACCUCUGCUUUUGCCCAAGCAGAGAGGAAUGGGAAGCAGUAUGUUUGGUAUGUGAGGUGUCAUCUCAGCCCAACUCUGGGAGCUAGCCUUACAGAUAAUGAUAGAGUGCUGCACGUAACCAUUGUUACACAGAUAUGAAGAUCCACAGCAGCGGCUUCUUGUACUUCAACGUCUUCAGAAGCUGAAGAGGCCUUGGUGCACUUCAGAAGCAACCUCAACAGCAACAGUCGUAUUUAAUUCACAUAAUCAUAGUGCUGAAGCUAAUGUAACCUAUGGGAUUUAUUUGCAUAGUAUUUUUUACUUUUAACUUAAAAAAAAAUACUCAGCUUCUCUUGGCCAUCAGGAAGACGCCAGUUUUGAGAGGACGUGUUUGCAGACAGUUCAGCAAACAGCUGAGGGAAGCCAGCUUUCCCUGUGCCGCUGCAGCUGAGAAGAGCUCCCGGCCGCGACCACCCCGUGUGCAGCGCACCUCCUCGCUGGACACCAUCCUGGGCUCCUACCUCUUGGGACAGUGGCCGAGGGACACUGAAGGAGCUUCCACAUCAUGCAUGAAUGACAAAGCUACCCAGACUCCGGUGUCAUGGCAUGACGCAGAGGUGGGGACAACCAGCACCAGUUCUCACAAACGUUCUGCUUCUUGGGGUAGCACAGAUCACCGCAGAGAGAUUGCCAAACUGAAGCAUCAACUCCAGCGAACAAAGCUAAAUGGCAGAAGUGGCAAAGAGAAGGAGAAGAGCUGCCCACUGCAAGGGGAUCAUGCUGUCCUCGGACCACUCAGGGAUUCUCCUUCAAGCCUCCUUUCUCCGUCUCCCAUUUUGAGGCUUAGCCCCCGCUUGCAUAGGAGCCUGGAAGGGCUAAACCAAGAACUGGAGGAAGCGUUUGUGAAGGAACAGGGGGAUGAAGAGCUUUUGUGGAUCCUGGAUGUCCCAGAUGGCCACAGGGCACCAGUGCCCGCACAGAGAGGCUCUGGAGCUGCGUCCCUGACACUGGAGCCCAACAGUGGCAGCUGCAGCAGCCUCUCUCCCUCCCCUUCCAUGCCUCUGCACCUUUCCCCACUCGCCCUGGUGAGGCUGGCAGCAGAGGAGGCACAGCUAGAUCCAAAGGAGAAAGGGGAGGGAAGCCCUUCACCAGUCCUGGCCUUUGCUUCUUCUCCUCGACCCAACCACAGCUACAUGUUUAAACGGGAGCCUCCUGAGGGAUGUGAGAAGGUCCGGGCCUUUGAGGAAGCUUCCUCCCCUGGCCCUGAGCAGCCUUUCCAGCCUUCCUGCCCAGAUAAGAACAAAGUGCACUUCAACCCCACUGGCUCUGCCUUCUGCCCUGUCAGCCUGGUGAAGCCUCUCUUCCCAAACACGGGCAGCUUCCUCUUCAGGGGCUUCCCUGGCGCUGCCAGCCCCAGCCAGCCCGCAGCCCCCAUGCCGUUCCUCGGGGGCAGGAACGAUGCCGCCACGGAUGGCUUCAGUGAGGUGCCCAAACCUCCUGUGCUUAGCUACGAACACUGGAAUCAGGGGCAGCCAGAGGAGAGCGUCGUCUUCCACAGCUCCCUGGUGGUGUGAGGCCUUGGGAGAGCUGCACCCAACAGCAGCAGCUCUGGCACUCAGCCUGUGGAGAGCAGUGCCUGACAGCCGAGAGGCAGCCAUGGGAUGGAGAAACCACGCUCUCAGAGGGAUGGAAACUGUGAAGUGCAGUGUGCCACAGGACUCCUUGCUGCUGGAGAGGCUUUUCUCUGAGCCUCCCCUCUUGAAAGCACUUUCCUCUGUUGAAUUGUUGAAUUUGCUUCCUGUGUGAUUGUUUUGCUGGUUGAGCAGCACCAUGUUGAGCAGCUGGGCAGUGUUGUGGGGAUAAAGGCAGACUCAGGCUCCAUGGCUCUAAUUGAGGUUGGGCUGGGAGGAUUUGGGUUAGAGGGUGAGGGAGCCCUGGCACAGGCUGCCCAGAGGGGUUGUGGAGUCUCCUUCCUUGGAGGUCUUCAAGACCCGCCUGGACAGGUGUCUAUGCAACCCGAUCUAGGUGACCCUGCUUCUGCAGGGGGGUUGGACCAGAUGAUCUCUAAAGGUCCCUUCCAACCCCUACCAUUCUGUGAUUCUAUGAUUGCUGAACCCUGGGAAGGAGGAGAAGGGGCCUGUGGGACAGCUGCUGUUGGGUGUACCAGAGCAGAAAGUGUUGUGUAUCUGCGUUAUUAAGACAGCUCAUGGCCCUUGGAGCACAGAGGGCUGCAGAGCAGCAGAUGUCUGCCCCUACCUCCCUUGGACCCUUUAGCAACCCCUCCCAGUGAUCCUGCAACUAAAAAGGGGGAGGGCAGGUGCUAGUGCAGCCUUCACAUGUAUGUGCUCUGCAGAGCUUGGGUGACAGUGAGUGCAGGGGGUGACCUGAUCUGCCUGAGACUUGAGGCGUUCCCAAUGCCCUGGCUGCGCUGCAGGAAAUGGGGAUGGAGCAGCACUGUACACAGGCCCCUGACACAGGGGUGGUUGCUGCUGUAGAGAAGCUGCUGACUGCUUUGCAGCCAUGAGCCCAGGGCAGCCUGGCUGGGCAUCUCCCCGAGACUGAGACCCGCCCCAUGGAGCCGUGGCAGUGCUGCCUCUUCGCUGCCUUAGAACGUGAAGCGGUAACACGGGAACGUUGAUUGUAAAGCCUUUUGACAACACAAGCAUGGGGCUUUGUGUUGCGAGGGCUCGGGGUUGUACUGAAACCCAUUUUCUUGUACCUAAUGUAGAAGCUCUAUUUUCUUCCAAAGACACUAUUUUUGCAGCUGUUCCAA